AGGCAGCCAGCACCACAGAAGCAGAGUUUGGGAGUAGAGCCCGCUGGUGCUGGGCAGCAGAUCGUGACUCCAAUGCCUCCUCAUCUCCCAGAGACAGAUCAGUCUCCGCCUCCAGCCCAGGGACCUGCGGCAGUGUGGUGCAGUGAAGGGGCAUGCAGCAGCACUGUCAGCGCAGUACUAGCAGGAGGAGGCGGUCCUGCCAAUCCAGCCCCUCCUCUCACCUUGUCUUCCUCUCUCCACCGCUGUUGUCCAACGUCAUGAUCCCACAAAAACCAGGAGAGCGGACCUGCUGCUGCCGGCGCUGAAAGGAGGACCCGUUGCUACUGACACUGAUGAUAAGGGGGACCCGCCGCUGCCCGAGGAUGGGCUUAAUUGGCAGCAAAGCACUCUCCUACAGAAAAGACCAUCGAUAUCACACGGGCCCCCCUGCCGGACAGUUCUACAAACCGUCCCACCCACCAAUAAUUCCAGCUAGCCGGCCAAAGAGCUUUGUCCCUCAGCAGAAUCAAUCAGAGCUCGAACAAAGGUUUGUGGCCGCCUUAUACGAUUACGUUCCAGCAAAUAAUGGAGACUUACAGCUGCACAAAGGAGAGAAACUGGAGCUGCUGUCUGAUUCCAACAAAGACUGGUGGUUGGCUAAAUCUGAGGUCACGGGGGAAGAAGGCUAUAUUCCUAGUAACUUUGUGACAAUUAUAAAGAGUUUGGAGGUAGAAAGAUUCUAUUUUAACAUCAAUCGGAAAGAUGCAGAAAGGCAGCUCUUAGCCCCGGAGAACAUCCCCGGAACGUUUCUCAUCCGCGAUAGUGAAACAAGCCUAGGUACAUAUUCACUUUCUGUCCGCGACAAAGACGCCACCCGUGGAGAUAUAAUCAAACACUAUAAGAUCAGAAUGCUGGACAAUGGCGGCUGUUAUAUUUCACCGGUACUCACUUUUACUUCACUACAAGAACUUGUGAAACAUUAUUCCAAAACGGCUGAUGGCCUAUGUCGGAAACUGGAGAAGCCUUGCCCAGCAAUGAUCAGGAGUCAGUGGGAGACAGACGUCUGGGAGAUACCACGGGACUCCCUUAGGCUGGUGAAUAAACUUGGAGCAGGACAGUUUGGAGAAGUGUGGAUGGGAUAUUAUAAUGGUAACAUUAAAGUGGCCAUCAAGACAUUGAAAGAGGGAAGCAUGUCACCCCUGGCCUUUCUGGAAGAGGCGAACCUGAUGAAGAUGCUCCGACACGAUAAACUAGUGCAAUUGUUAGCGGUAGUCACCAAGGAACCCAUAUACAUUGUGACCGAGUAUAUGUCUAAAGGAAGUUUACUUGAUUUCCUGAAAACAGACGAGGGAUCGUUUCUUCGUUUCCCGAAACUGGUGGACAUGGCGGCACAGAUUGCAGAAGGGAUGGCGUACAUUGAAAAAAAUAAUUACAUCCACAGAGACCUGAGAGCCGCCAAUGUCUUGGUAUCGGAUAUACUUGGCUGCAAAAUCGGGGAUUUCGGACUUGCUCGAGUCAUUGAUACGGAGUAUAUAGCAAAGGAGGGCUCUAAAUUCCCCAUCAAAUGGACAGCGCCGGAAGCCAUUAAUUUUGGCGUUUUCACCAUUAAAUCAGACGUGUGGUCCUUUGGGAUCCUCCUGACUGAAAUUGUAACCUACGGUCGUAUUCCUUACCCAGGCAUGAGCAACCCUGAGGUAAUACAACUCCUAGAUGAAGGGUAUCGCAUGCCCUGCCCCGAGAACUGCUCAAUGGAACUGUACGAGGUUAUGAUGAAAUGCUGGAGGGAAAAGCUGGAGGACAGGCCAACAUUCGAGUACUUACAGUCUGUUUUAGAAGACUUUGGCACAGCCACUGAGAAACAGUACGAGGAGGAACCCUGAGUUUUUAUUUGGUUCCAACGGUGGAAUCUAGCUCUGAAUCACGGGCUAAUGGACUGGACAGUUACCAGAGUGAACUGACAUUUCCAUAUCACAGUAAAGACAAUGGCAAUGGAGACCACAACAAAAUGGCCUCCCUAUCAUGUGGUUAUGGAUCAAACAAUGACUUUCCACACUUUUAUACAAUAACUCCUUCACAUGCUUAUUUAAAAAAAAAAAAAAGAGGUUAUUUGAAGAAAAUGAGCUGUAGCCCACAGCAACCAAAUUUUAGCUUUUUCAUAAUAGUCCCCCAGUGUAUUUACAAAAAUUAUACUGGGAGGGUGAGUUACUAGCAUGUUAAAAGUUCAACCAAUCAGCCAUUGGCUAUACUCAGUCCAGUAAAAGACAGUGAAAGUAAGUAUCUGAUUGGCUGCUAUAGUUUAAUGCUUGUAUCUUUGAUCUUGGUUAAAUGAUUUUGAGAAACACAAUAAUUUGAAAUGUGUUACUUUUAAAAAGUUAGAAUGUCCUCUACCUGUGGCCAUACUCUUGGGUAGUGCUGUCGCUCUAUAGGCAAUAAUAUAUUAUUUAUAAGUUGGGUUUAUUUCACGUUAUUCUUUCUAGAAAUGUCCAGUGAAAUACUUGGGGCAUAACUCUGCACAGAAAACCCAAUUCCCUGCAAUUAUCCAUAGUGAUAAGACCGCGCUUCCCCUUCGCUGGCUGAGUUUUAUAUAGGUGUUAUUUAGCGGCAGCGUGUGAAUGCGCACGACUAUGACAUCACCAACCUGCACAUCUGUAGGCUAGAGUUUGGCUGUUAAUUUGUGUAUAUUGGCACUAUAUCAUGCAAUCACAGACUAAUGCGGCCCAUACAUCUACAAUUAAUUGGGGCAAUUCCUCAAUUUGCUGAUGACCAGGUUGGGUUAUCGGUAAAAAACAUCAUGUUGGAAAUCGUCAAUUUGCCGAUUCCAACCCAAAAAAGAUUGUAAUCGGUGAGUCUGGGAUUUUUUUAACAUGCUGUAUUUUGCUGAUUCCUGGACAAAUCGUCGACCAUUGGAGUCCGCUGAUUGUCAGAUCGGAUUGCCGACUGGUGGAUCGAAUUGGCGCCUGGGAAUUGGGGAAUUACUGGGUAGAUGUAUGGCUCGCAUUAGCUGCUAAAUCAGCUUGGGGGUUUUGCCAACCCCUCCACAAUAUCAAAAUGAAAGUUCCUGUAUGAGAAAUAAUUGUAUGUAUUGUUAUGAUUUUAUUAAACUUUUAUAUAUAUUAUAAAACAACAA